CGGGGACAUUCCCUUCCCGGCAUCGAGGAUGGCGCGGCACACGGUCUCUCUCGGCAGCAUGGCAGAAUUGGCGCUCCUGGGCGCCCUUCUCUCCCUCUCGCCAGCCUAUUCGCUGGCGCUGGACGUCCAGAAGGAAAGCGAGACUCCGGCCAAGUGCAACCUGGCGGGCACGUGGGUGAACGAUCUGGGCUCCAAGAUGGUCAUCGCGACCACCAACGAGGACGGCCAGUUCUCGGGCUCCUACCUGACCGCCGUCUCCGCUGCCACCGACGCCACCAUCCGGGAGUCGCCUCUGCACGGCAGGCAGCACCACACCAACCAGCGCGCCCAGCCCACCUUCGGCUUCACCGUCAGCUGGUCCUUCUCCGACUCCAUCACCGUCUUCGCGGGGCAGUGCUUCGUGGACGAGAAGGGCGAGGAGACCCUGGAGACGAUGUGGCUGCUGCGGCAGGAGGUGGCGACGCACGCCGACGACUGGAAGGCCAACCGGGUUGGCAAGAACGUCUUUGUACGUGUCAAAUAAAAAGGAACCAGGAUCCGGA